AUGCCUCAAUUGGCGCAAAGAGUUCGGGAGAAAGGGGGACAGGAUGCUCACACUGUGGUCAACAAUUCGCCUCUUAUAAACUCAUGCGACAGCAUGAGUCCCGGAUCCAUCCGUUGGAAUACCGGAAGGAAUUAGAGGCGAAAUUACCACUCCCUGAAUCAGAGCUGAUGGCUAAGAUCGCUAAGAUCGAAGCCGGAAGCAAAAGGGGUGGUAAAUUCUACACAGAAAUGGUGAGGGCUACCGGCCUGACAGAACAUCAAGUCAGGCAUCGACGAGAGCAGAAAGUUUAUCAGCGCUACUUGACUGAGGCUCGAGCACAGGUUAGGAGAAGUGCCACAAAACUUUUCGGCCUUCCUGCCAGCUCGACCCCAGUAACGCAGGGUCGAUCAACCCGAAGUGGUGGAUCUAAGUCAGCCCAGGAUCGCUCUAAUAGCCCUCAUCACGGGGACACAACCACUGUGAGCACCCAGCACGUCCCCUCGGAUACCCGAUCUACCAGAGCGCUUAAGAGAGUGCGGGAAGACUCGACGUCUGGGACCGAAUCUGCAAAUCAUGAGGAACCCUUACGACCUCCCCCCAACCUCAGGGGCCGAGUCAUGGAGGCUAUAGCGGCUGUCGAGACACAGUCCGCGAAACGAGGGCGAAGUGUGUCUUCAACACCUUCCCCUAGCAAAAAGAGGUCAUGUGUUGAUGAUCAGUCAGUUUCGAGCGUUGUGGAGGCAGACACACCAUCAGUAUUCAUUAGCUCCACAACAGUACUGCUGAAAAGGGGAUGCAUCGCAUCUGGCGUAAACAAUGGCGUGAUGAAUCCUAUUACUAAUUUACCUAUUACAUCUGUUGACAGGGAAGCAGAGCCACCAUCGGCUCCCGCGAGGGCGGCACUCCUGCCAGGACCCUUCGUCGAAUACCUGACCAGCCUAAAUGACUUGGACAAUGCCACCCAAGAAAUGAUUAACAAAGCUAGAAUGGGAACCGGUCCAGAGCUGCUCGCAGCGAUGGACGACUGGAUCAGACAUCGAUUCCCAGUAAAGGUCAGGACGGCGAGGGGGUGCGCCGCCGCUGUGGAGGGACCACCCCUCAGUAAGAGGGCCCUCAGGAUCAGCCGAUACAAGAAAUGCCAGAAUCUUUUUGCCAAGAGCAAGAAGACCCUGGUACAAAUGAUCCUGAGUGGAAAGGACGUCUGCCAGUCCGUGGCCGCUCCCACCUUGGCGGACACUGAGUCCCUGUAUGGUGGGCUGCUCGAGCGGGAGUCUCCGGUCGACACCGACCCGUUCAUUGAGCGGGCUCGGUGUAGUGACACAUUCAAGCCGAUCACGGAGACGGAAGUCUUGCGGUCCAUGGGAUCAUGGAAGGUGUCAGCCCCCGGCCCAGAUGGGACUUCUGUGGAGGAUGUGAAGCGGUGCGGCGCUCGGGCACUUAGUGUGUUAUACACGCUGGUGCUGGGGAGUCGCGUCGCCCCGUCCCGAUUCCUGCAGAACCGGACCAUCCUCAUCCACAAGGACGGGGAUGGUCACACGGAUCAGGAAGAACUUGCAACGCCUGGAGAGGUUAGCACCGCUCACCGACCCUGGCACCACAAGAAGGAUCAAAAUGAUGAGCAACCCUUAUACCAAAGGCAUGGAGGAGGCGGCCCACGACUCGGCCAGUAGGUCGUGGAUUGACCAUCCUCCAAUGGGUUGGACUGGACGCGACUACGUCAAGGCGGUCCAGCUAAGGAAUAA